AUGAUUCAAACACUCAGAGACCAGUCUAUAACACCGGAGCCCAGCGACAGGGAAAGGUUGCAUGCCAUUCUGCUCGAGAGUGUUGACACCGUUCGCAGCACUGGCUCGUUCGCGAUAACGGCGGUUGCGGAAGCAUUCCCUCCUCCAGAGUUGAGGAUCGAGGGGGUCGGCGCAGUUCGAGUUCCACUAUCGCUCGAGGAUGUGCAAAGCUUCCUUAGGGUUUGCGACAAAGCACCGUUUGGAAAAGGGCAGCACACACUCUACGACGAGAGCAUAAGGAAAACCUUGCAAAUUGACGGCUCAAGAAUCAAUUUUGGAAACGAUGCUUGGUUCCGCUGGCUCAAAGAUGUGACAGCAUCGGUGGCUGAAGGUCUCGGAGUGGCAUGUGGAGCAGAGAACGUUCAUGCUGAGCUGUACAAGAUGCUGGUGUAUGGCGAAGGGGCCAUGUUUAAGCCUCAUAGAGACACAGAAAAGGCUUCCGGUAUGUUUGGGACACUUGUCAUCUGUCUCCCAAGUGAACACGUUGGCGGUGCAGUCCAUCUCCAGCAUGGCCAAGAGCAUAUGAAAUUCGAGACCGACAAAACAUCAAAACACAGUGUCGCUUACGGAGCUUGGUACGCCGAUGUAUCUCAUGAGGUCGAGCCGGUCGUAUCAGGGUAUCGGAUUGUGCUCGCAUACAACCUUGUCACUACCGCAUCUCUUAACAUGCCGACUGCUGCCGCUGUCGAAGACCCAAAAAUGCGACUUAUGGGAGGGUUAGACCUCUGGUGUAACCUGAAGCCAAACGGCCCCCAGGGAUUGUGUUAUGCUCUAGAACAUAAAUACACGAAAGAUGGACUUAGCAUCUCGCGUUUGAAAGGCUGUGAUUAUCUCCGCACAAAAUUCGUCGCAGACGUCUGCGACAGACACGGCCGCUUUCAUGUUUUGCUAGCACUUCUACAUAAAGUGGUCACACGUCCGAACUGUGACGAGGGUAAAGAUAUGGAAAGUGUGUCAACCCAACUAGGGCCUAUCAAGACUCUAGAAGGCUUCAAACUGCAAACAUCCCGAUCGUUGACAAUUUCUGAAAGCAUCAUCGUGAAGUCUCCUUACUAUCCAGCAAAUUUGUGGGGAGAUCUAGACGAGGAAGGCGAAGAAACCGAAGCACGACAAAGACGGCCCGAUGCGCUGGUGGGCGAAGAAUACCUUGGCAACCAGCCUGGCGAUCUGGACAAGAUCUACACAGAUGCAGUGAUCUUGAUUGUUGACAAGGACUAUCUAACUGAUUUCCUUCUUCCUCGGUCUUCUAACCGAGCUGCGGACUAUGAAAAGAUGCUUCGGCGACUUCGCGACCAAUUUGAAGAGAAUCGUCGAGACCCAAUAGCUCAAAGCUUAAUCCUGCAGAUCUCUCAGCAAUAUCUCGAACGCAGCUCUUCGUCUAGCCAGGAGAAAGAUGAUUGCUUGGGGACCACAGCGGCUGCAGCAAUACAUAUCGCGGAGCACGACUUGUGGAAGAGGGCCGUAGCUGCACUUGAGAACGGCUUCAACCGAGAUAGCUUCUACGACUUAGGCCGCCUUUUUGCUUCAGGAACUGCAAAAAUCAAACUAGAUGAACUCUCCGAAGGGUUUUCGAAGAUCCCGACAUUGCGUGAUACCUGGUGGGCCCUUGAAGCUUUUACAGACGCCUUCUGGGAUGCAGACAGUUCUUACGGUCCAGAAGAGAUGUCUGAUGCAGGGGUUUCUCUCUUUGUAAAGCAACGAGUUAUUGAUGCCCUCGAUUCUUUGAAAGCUCUCCCUCAAGACGCAGCCACAGUCAUUUUUGUAGGCCACGAAUAUGGUGAGGAGUUCUUCGACCAGAGAGUUAAACCAUUCAUCCUUCGCUUUCUCCACGAUACAGACUUCGUGAACGCCAUAACGUUGGAGGCUCUCUUCUGUUCGCGGGCCUCAGACGAGCAUGUUCCUGCUCAUUGUUGGCUGGCAUCAGAUAAAUACGGUCCUACUAUUUCCCGGAUCCUGCAACUGACAUUGGACGUGGCCUGCUCGGAUUUCACGCUCGGAAAAUACUUGUCGCGUGUAAAAUGCUCAGCACUAGACGAUAAAUCCUUUCCCUUUUCGUGCCGGCCUCAACAUUUUUUCUGUAGCGGGAAGGCAGAACGUGAUGCGGACGUGGUCGCCGACUUUUAUAAGCGAGCCCGAGACAUCGACACCUAUAAGGGAUACUUGUUACUGGACAAGAUACAGGCAUCGGCAGCAGACAUACCUAUAACCGAAAUGGAUCGGCUCCUAAUUCCCCUUUUGCAGAAAUUGUUUAUCCAUACGGAUGCUGACAGUGAACAUGUUCGCCACUUUUACCAAUCGACCUUGAUAACUUACCUCGUGCGUACUGUGGAAUAUGAGCCAGAGAAACCACUGAACUGGGAUCGAGCGAACGAACUAGACCGAUGUUAUCUUUCCAGCUGCCCCGACUGCGAUGCCUUGCGGAGCUUUAUGGCGGCACCCGAUUUGGAAAAGGUCACCAUCAAGUUUUCAGGGCCAUAUAAUCACGGAAGCUUGAUGAUCCAGCGUUGGUGUGAGACGAAGGAAGAGAGAAAUGGGGCCCUGACGAUCACAAAGACGACGAAACGGUGGGAGGUGGAUAAACAGCAAUGGGAAGAGCGUGCCGAAAGAGCUCGCAGAAUUCUCCAUCGCUUCCCGGAAGAAGAGCUGAGAAAGCGUCUGGGCACAAAGUAUGGCUCGGUUAUGAACUUGGAUGUCAUCAAACUAUCGUCAAAAAGGGCUCAUUCGGCACUGGGAGAGGAGCCACGUUCUGUUUUGAACAGCAAGCAGCUGAAGAUCGAGGCAACAACCUGA